AUGGAAUCUAAAGUGCCAUUAUCACAUUCUUUAUGGUCUCCAUAUGAUACUGUGAAAGAUGCUGCUGAUGCCUUGGGAAUAAUAUUACCUGAUGAAGCAGCCAAAAAUCUAGCUAUGGAUGUUGAAUAUCGAAUUCAUGAAAUCUUAGAGACUGCCAUCAAGUUCAUGAGACAUUCCAAAAGAAAACUAUUAAUGACUUCGGAUAUAAACCACGCAUUGAAGCUACUCAACGUUGAACCCUUAUAUGGCUAUGAUAAUUCCCAACCCCUUAAUUUCAAAGAAACUUUAGUUGGAGCAGGGGGUCAAUCUUUAUACUAUAUUGAUGAUCAUGAAAUUGAAUUUGAAAAAUUGAUAAAUCAGGAAUUACCAAAAGUUCCUCGUCAAACUACAUUCACAGCCCAUUGGUUAGCCAUUGAGGGUGUUCAACCUAUGGUGCCCCAGAAUCCAUUGCCUUCAGAAAUUAAAGCAUUACCUCCAAUCAUUAGAGGUGCUACUUCGUCAAUAUUAGGGAAUGAUAUUUUGAGCCUUGCCGAAAAUAAAGAAGCAACUGGUGCUGAUGGUACUGCUACAGGAGCUGGAAAACAUGCAGGUAGUGCGGGUACUUCAAAGGAUAAAAAGACAACAGAAAAAGAUUUACAAGUUAAGCCAUUGGUUAAGCACGUCCUUUCAAAAGAAUUAAAACUUUAUUUUGAUAAAGUUGUAGAAGUAUUAAUAUCCACUGAUCCAGAGAAAGAAGGUUUGAAAAACGCCGCAUUAACUUCUUUAAAGUCAGAUCCUGGUUUACAUCAACUUGUCCCAUAUUUCAUCCAAUUUGUUGCUGAACAAAUCACCAACCAAUUAAGAAACAUUGAAAUAUUGUCUACUAUGCUAGAAGUAAUCUCCGCCCUCGCAGAUAACAAAACAAUCUUCUUAGAUCCAUAUGUUCACGCAUUAAUGCCAUGUAUUUUGACAUUAUUGCUCGCCAAAAGAAUAGGACCUGUAAUAAAAGACACCACAACCAAAGAAGCUCAAGAUUUGGUUAGAUCACAAUUGGCCGUACGUGAAUUUGCUGCGAUUCUAUUGGAACAUAUUAUCAAAGUAUACGGGUCUUCUUAUUCUACUUUACGUCCAAGAGUAACAAGAACUUUAUUACGGGCACUUUUGGAUUCUUCAAAACCGAUGGGAACACAUUAUGGUGCAUUAUUGGGAUUAAAGAAUAUGGGUGCUGAGGUCAUUAAAUUGGUCCUAAUUGGGAAUUUAAAAGUAUGGUGUAAUUCAGUAGUAGAAGAUUCUAGUGAGUUUGAGCAACAGAUUUUGUUGAAUACUUGUUUAGAAACACUUCGGAAAUUGAAAAUCGAGAAGAACACCAAAAAGGAAGAUGCUAUGGAUGUUGAUCUUUCCGAUGAAAUAAAAGAAAAGUUAGCUGGAAGGAUUGGAAACAGGUUGGCUGAGUUGAUCUUACAACAAGAAGAUUCAAAGAGUAUAGUCGAAGGAAUCUUCUUUGGUGAAUUAGUCGUCGAAUAG